GUCCCGCCGCGCGCUCGCGGACAGUCCGCGCGCGGGCCGGGCCGGCGCCCCGUCUGCUUCGCUCGUUCGCGUCGCCCCGAGCCCCGGGGGAUGCCCCCGGCCGGCACCCCCCAUGGCCGCCGACGUCUUCAUGUGUUCCCCGCGCCGGCCCCGCAGUCGGGGCCGCCCGGUGCUGCUCAAGCCUCAGGUGCCUGAGGACGACGACGACUCGGACACGGAUGAGCCGUCCCCGCCGCCCGCCUGCGCUUCGGCCACCCCGGCCCGGGCCCACGCGAGCGCCGCGCCGCCGCCGCCCAGGGCCGGGCCUGGCCGCGAGGAGCCUCCGCGCCGCCAGCAGAUCAUCCACAGCGGCCACUUCAUGGUGUCGUCGCCGCACCGCGAGCACCCGCCCAAGAAGGGCUACGAUUUCGACACGGUCAACAAGCAGACGUGCCAGACCUACAGCUUCGGCAAGACCAGCUCCUGCCACCUGUCCAUCGACGCCUCGCUCACCAAACUCUUCGAGUGCAUGACUCUGGCCUACAGGUAGGGACCCGGCGACCCCGGGCCGGCCCCACCUCUCGAGUGGAGCUUCCUAGUUUGACAAAACCAGCGCGGAGGGCUCGACCGCCCGAGGACCCCGGGGCUGCACGCAUUCCCAUUGGCUCCUGUCCCUUUGGGAGUGUUUAUGGGUCUGGGAUCCUCCGUGGUAGCGAGAGGGGUCCGUGUCCUGGCCUCCUCCCCUACCAGCAGGGCUUGCGUUCUUCCGGCUUCACGUUCUCCAUCCAGGCCCUCCCCUCCAGUGUCCCCAGGCCACCGAUUUGGGACACGAAAAAGCUGCAAAUACAGGCUGCACCUUGUGUUACUCGACUCUCCACCCUUUCGCCCAAACGCUUUGUGUGCUUCGGCAAUAUCGAGUAGUGGUUCGGAGCACCUGUCCAGGGGUGGCUUAAGUGCUGGCUCCAGUCUUUAAUGGUUGUGUAAAAUCCUGGAGCCUGCUUCCUCCUUUAUGGAGAGGGGAUGACAGUAAUAUCAGCCUCCAUCGGCUAUUUUAGGGAUGGAAGGAGAUAGGUAGUGCUUUUAUCCCACUGCCUGACAGGUAGGUAGAUGCUCCGUAAAUGUUAGCUUACUUUUCUUAUUGUCCCAGCAGAGGGAGGCUGGGUCUUCUCACAUCCACUUUAUUGGGACACCCUCUCCCACCUUAGCAGCCAGCCUGGGUGCUUCCUAGGUUGACUUUUGGAACCACAGCUGUUGGAGGUGCAGUCUGCCCUCCUGGCAAGUUGGAAGGUUCUGGGGUCAGCCCUGAAACACUAUAUGGAGAUGGCAUUGUUGAGGGCAGGCAUCCCAGACACCAUCCUGACAUGUGGACCCAGCUCUGGGCAGAGAUCCCUUUUUUCUAAGUCACAGAUAUACCUGGCCCUCAUGAGAUAAACUGUCUUUCCACUCUCUCCUCCUUCUUUGGUGCGCAUGUUAGGUAUUUGUGCCCAGCGACUUCUGCCUCAGCGACAGAACUUCUCCGGGCCAUCUGCAGUGCAGAGCACUCUGUCCUGCACCAAGCUCAUGAUAGGAUCUCUGCUGAGUGGGGGUGAUUGCAUUAGUAACUGGGCUGGCUUGGGCUGUCUUAGGUCUGCUCUGCAGGCGGCACAGGAAAAGUUUUCUUGGAGACUCCAGAGACAGCGUAAAGAAAAAUAGGUACAUUCCCCCCACUCCUUGUUGUUGUUGUUGUUGUUUUUUGGGAGAGCCUUUAAACCCAGAUAUAUCCAAGUUAAAACAUUACACAUUUACCUGAAGUCAAAACAUGGCUCCGGGUGGCAUUUUCCCCCACUGGAAUAAAUGAUUAGUCAACUUGUUCCUUUGUUAUGUUCCUGA